AUUUGCAUUGGUAAUACUUUCUGGGACACACAAACAUCCAGAAAAAUACAAAAAAUCUCAAAUUUAGUCAUAAAUAAACGCGAUUUAUUUAUCUAAACACACGAGAAAAAUCAACAUUAGAAGCAAAACAAAAAAAACAGGAAAUUAAUCCAGUGAUAAAAUUAGUCAACAAAACAUCGUCAAAAAUGCACAUAAACAAUCCGGAUGCACUACGGAAUUGGCUGACGGUCAUUCUUGAGCCAUUAUGUGAUGCGGAUCCAGCAGCAUUAGCGCGAUACGUGUUGGCAUUAUUGAAGAAGGAGAAACCCGCGAAAGAACUAAAGCAAUGCAUGCAGGAGCAGUUAGACGUCUUCUUGGGCCAAGAAACGUCUCCGUUCCUCGAGCGCCUUUUCGACGCGAUCAAGAGCGAGGAAUAUUUGACGCAUGCCGCCUCAUCUUCCGUCGACGGUGUCGAUGUCGAAACGCUUUCCAUACCCACGGGUUCGACGGAUGCCUUGCUCGCGAGUAGCCAAUCGAAGAGCGAACGCGAAUGCACGCCACCCCUAAGUGACAAUAAAACCAAAGAAUUUGACAGCCUUUCGUUGUCGCCGUUAUCCUCAAUUCAAAGUACAAGCGGAGGCGGUGCGAGUCAAUCGACGGUAACGUCGGCAACGACGACGCCCCAUACGACGCAUCAUCACACGCGAAACGGAAGUCCCUCAAAGAUCAAGGAAGAAAGCCAUAGCAGCAGUAACAGUUCCCGCGACAUCGGCAGGAGGCGAAAUCGAUCUCGUUCGCGUUCCUUUGAGCGAAGUACGAAACGAAGCAGAUCGAAAGAACGUCGUAAUGUCGAACAUAAUCGGGAGAGGAAUGUUCAUAAGUACAGGAAUAAGUCGCCGCCACAGAAUCAGAGAAGAUUUGAGAGACGAGGCGGGAACAGCGGAGGUAAUUUCCGUCGAAAUCGCAGUCAAAGCGGAUCAAGAAGUCGUUCUGUGUCGCCUGAACGUAAAAAGCCAUCGCGUUCAAUUUCGCCCAAUAUGGCGAUCGAACACGAAAUGCAUCCGAAAAAACGUCAAAGAUGUCGCGAUUUCGACGAAAAAGGUUAUUGCAUGCGAGGCGAAACUUGUCCAUGGGAUCAUGGCGUCGAUCCUGUCGUACUUGAAGAUAUCAAUAACCCCGCGUUGUUGUCGAUUCAGCAAAAUGCUCCGUUACGAGGAGGUCCCGUGCAUCCCGAAUACAGUCCUUAUGCUCCGGAUUUAUGGAAUCGCGGUAUGCGUCCUAAUGGACCCGGAGGCAUGAAUAAUCCCGGAUUUGGAAGACUUCCUCCCGGAGCGAGACCUCCAACGGGCGCUUUUCCAUUCCCGCUUAAUCCGACGCCCUUGCAACCGCAAAGCCAGCAACAAUUGCAGCAACAACAACAACGCGAACUGAUUCCCGUACCUGUAGUCGAUGGCGGAAAUGCUGGCGGCGCAUCAGGAGAUUUGUUACAAACUGCCCAAUUGCCGCCGCACAUCAAGCGACGCUUCGAACAAGACGAAACUUCGGCGCCGGGCAUGAACGAAGGUCCCAAUAAACGCAAACCCCCGAUCCAAAAUCGUCUCGGACCACGUGUUUCGGCGCAACAAAAUUGCUCGCUCGAGUUACGGAAAAUUCCGCGAGGCCUUAAUGCGAUUUCCCAUCUGAACAAUCAUUUUUCCAAGUUUGGCAAGAUUGUCAACAUGCAAGUUUGUUAUGAUGGCGAUCCCGAAGCUGCGAUUGUAACGUUUUCGACGCAUGCCGAGGCAAAUGUGGCAUAUCGCAGCACGGAAGCUGUCUUGAAUAAUCGUUUUAUUAAAGUUUUUUGGCAUUCGGCGCCUGCUGCGGGCACUGCGAAUGGCGAACAAGGCGCUGCACCGCAAGGAGGAGCUCCCAAACCCGACCCAAGCUCAUUUCGGAAGAAUAAUUAUCCGAAUCAGUAUCACAUUAAUCACAAAACGGGCGUGACAACGACUUCCGCGGAGAAUGUGACGUCAAAUACGACAACUAGUACAACGACGCAAGCUUCAACGACGACAACGGCAUCGACGGAAACAUCUACGGUUGAUGUUAAGAGUGGUACAAUAACGACAACAACAGCUACGGGUGGCACACAGUCGAUUAGCAACAAGGGAAUGACUCUCGUGAAUACCGCAGCAGGUGCGACGCCGCCUGUUGUUGCUCCCGUAAGGAUACCAAAUCCGAAAUUGAAGCGCGAAGUUGCCCAAUUGGCACGGAAACAGAAGGAAAAUGCCGUGCAAGUCGCCUGCGGACUCAUGAAGAAGAAACAAACGUUGCUCGAGGGCUAUUUGAAGCAAAUGCAAUCGACAGUUGGCUUGCUUGAGCGCUCCGAUGUCACGGACGAGCAAAAGAAAACGUAUAUUGCCACGAUCAAAGAGCUGGAUGCGAAAAUUGUCGCGCUGCGAAAAGAAAUUGCUGCUGAGCAGCAACGACUUGCCGCCGUUCAACCACCGAUCCAGGUUAGAAAGACAAAAGAGCAGAAGCAAAAAGAGCUGCUUGAUGUCGAGUUAGAUUUAAUAACACAAGAACAUGAUGGAAAUGACACGACAGCAAUUCAAAGGAAGUUGAAGGAGUUGCAAAAGUCGAUUCAUACGGCAAAGUCCCGCAUUCGUUCGGGACCCCCGAAAAUCGCGCCGCCUGGAUCGACAAGCGUAGAUCGCCGUCCCACGACAAUUUGCGUCACUGGUUUCGAAUUGGAUGAGAGCGACAUUAUUUUGGGUCAUUUUAAGCACUUUGGAGAGAUUACGAAAAACGAGUUAGACAAAUCUGUGCCAUCCCUCACCAUAUCUUAUGCAACACGCUUGAAUGCCGAGCAAGCAAUGCAACGCGGACGCUUCUUCAAGGAGAAACAAAUGCAACUUUCAUGGGUCACGACAAACGGAGCACUUUCUACGAAGCAACAAGCUGCAGUUGUCGCCGCCUCGGAGCCCAAUAACGUCGUCGAGCAGCAACAAGAGCAACAAGUGAUGGUAACUUCCGUUGGCAUCGACGACGACGAAGACGAACAAGAGGAAGAACGUUCCUGGCGUCGUUAGAAAAUACUUUUUCUUUUUUGUUUCUCCCAUUUUUACACGGAAAAUUACACACGUUGAUGAAAUGAUUAGUUUUUGAUUGGAUAAGAAAACACACAUGAAAAAAAAAUUUAAAAAAAUGGAUUGUUAUUAAUAUAUUAUUAAAAUUGUUUGUAAUUGAUUUAAUAAUUUUAAGUCUUUAAAAAAGAAAAAAAAAGCAAGAUACAAAAAAAAGAGAAAAACAAAACACAAGAAGAUAAAAAAAUCAGAGAUCUUCUAAAAAUAAAAUUAAAAAAUAUAAAAAAAAAAUCGCAGAUUUUGAGAUACAGAAAAAAAAGAAACUUAAAUAAGCAAAAAAUCACUUUGAAAUAAAAAUAACGAUGAAGAAUUAAUUUUAUUAAUUAAUUAA